CUCAGGCUUCAGAUUCUUGGUAGAGACAGUUUAUGAUUAGGGUGGGAGUUGGUUUAUUUUGACUUUCAGGUGUUCCUUUUGAACUGUGGUUUAGGGAGGGUCUCUUUAUAUGCCCUGUUCUUCUGUCCCUCUGCCAGUAGUAGUCUUUCCUUUACUAGAAGUUGGUCAUUGGAAGUUGGUUAGCUUGGAGGUGGGGAGUGAUGGUGGGGUGUCAUCUUUUGUUCUGGUUAAACCUCAGGUUUAGGCUUGCAUCAGUGUCCCACAGUCUUGCCCCACCCUUAGCUGCAUUGAGUUUUUACCAAUGCUGUAAGGGUAGAAGCACUUAUUUGCCUUGAUGAGGGAUUUUCUUCCUUCGUGGAGAUAGGGAGAGAAGGAUCUGGGUGUUUUCUUGCUUCUGAGGCACAGCUGCAUUUCCCUUCCCCCAGGUCUGCAUCACAAUGGGUGUCCUCAGUGCCCUUUACUCUCUGUGAGUGUCUGGUGGGGUUGGUGGAGGAAGAUCCUGCUGAAGGUUGGGGUCUCCCCAAUUUCUGUGACCCCCUCAGUGAUUUCACACUGUCCCUUCAGCUAAGCCACAUCGGGUUUUUAUCAACUUGCCAAUUAUUCUAGCUGCGCUCUUCUUAUCAGUGUCCAGUUGCAGUCUACCCCAGGGAAUCAUUUAAUACUUCACAUUACAACAAAAUGUGAAAGUUCCUGCCAACCUGUGAGAAUUUCUUCCUUCAACAUUUUCUAUUUACUGCACAACUUUCUCAGUUCUUUUUUGAUGCCAUGUUUUGUGGCUUGCAUCAAAAGAGGAGUUUGUCUUCAUGAAGAUUCCUAACAUUGGUAAUGUGAUGAAUAAAUUUGAGAUCCUUGGGGUUGUAGGUGAAGGAGCCUAUGGAGUUGUGCUUAAAUGCAGACACAAGGAAACACAUGAAAUUGUGGCAAUCAAGAAAUUCAAGGACAGUGAAGAAAAUGAAGAAGUCAAGGAAACGACUUUACGAGAGCUUAAAAUGCUGCGUACUCUCAAGCAGGAAAACAUCGUGGAGCUGAAGGAAGCCUUUCGUCGGAGGGGGAAAUUGUACUUGGUGUUUGAAUAUGUUGAAAAAAAUAUGCUUGAACUGCUGGAAGAAAUGCCAAAUGGAGUUCCACCUGAAAAAGUUAAAAGUUAUAUCUAUCAGCUAAUCAAAGCUAUUCACUGGUGCCAUAAGAACGAUAUUGUACAUAGAGAUAUCAAGCCAGAAAAUCUCUUAAUCAGCCACAAUGAUGUUUUGAAACUGUGUGAUUUUGGUUUUGCUCGGAAUCUAUCAGAAGGCAAUAAUGCUAAUUAUACAGAAUAUGUGGCCACCAGGUGGUAUCGGUCUCCAGAACUCUUACUUGGAGCUCCUUAUGGAAAGUCCGUAGAUAUGUGGUCAGUGGGCUGUAUUCUUGGGGAGCUCAGUGAUGGACAGCCUUUAUUUCCUGGAGAAAGUGAAAUCGACCAACUUUUUACUAUUCAGAAGGUGCUAGGACCACUUCCAUCUGAGCAGAUGAAGCUCUUCUACAGUAAUCCUCGAUUCCAUGGGCUCCGGUUUCCAGCUGUUAACCAUCCUCAGACAUUGGAGAGAAGAUACCUUGGAAUUUUAAAUAGCGUCUUACUUGACUUAAUGAAGAAUUUACUGAAGUUGGACCCAGCUGACAGAUACCUGACAGAACAGUGUUUGAAUCACCCUACAUUUCAAACCCAGAGGCUUUUGGAUCGCUCCCCUUCAAGGUCAGCAAAAAGAAAACCUUACCACGUGGAAAGCAGCACUUUGUCUAAUAGAAAUCAAGCCAGUAAAAGUACUGCUUUGCAGUCUCACCACAGAUCCAACAGCAAGGAUAUCCAGAACCUAAGUGUGGGUCUGCCCCGGGCUGACGAAGGCCUUCCCGCCAAUGAAACUUUCCUAAACGGAAAUCUUGCUGGAGCUACUCUUAGUCCCAUGCAUACCAAAACCUAUCAAGGAAGCAGCCAACCUGGGUCUACCAGCAAAGAUCUUACCAACAACAAUAUACCACAUCUUCUCAGCCCAAAAGAAGCUAAGUCAAAGACAGAGUUUGAUUUUAAUAUUGACCCGAAGCCUUCGGAAGGCCCAGGCACAAAGUACCUCAAGUCAAGCAGCAGAUCUCAGCAGAACCGGCACUCGUUUAUGGAAAGCUCUCAGAGCAAAGCCGGGACGCUGCAGCCCAGUGAAAAACAGAGCCGGCAUAGCUACAUUGACACUAUUCCCCAGUCCUCUAGGAGUCCCUCCUACAGGACCAAGGCCAAAAGCCACGGGGCUUUGAGUGACUCCAAGUCUGUGAGCAACCUUUCUGAAGCCAGGGCCCAAAUUGCAGAGUCUAGUACCAGUAGGUACUUCCCAUCCAGCUGCUUGGACUUGAACUCUCCCACCAGCCCGACCCCCACCAGGCACAGCGACACGAGAACUUUGCUGAGCCCCUCGGGGAGAAAUAAUCGAAGUGAGGGCACUCUUGACUCCCGCCGAACCACAACCAGGCAUUCUAAAACGAUGGAGGAAUUAAAGCUGCCAGAGCACAUGGACAGCAGCCAUUCCCAUUCUCUGUCCGCACCUCAUGAAUCUUUUUCUUAUGGGCUGGGUUACACUAGCCCCUUUUCCUCCCAGCAGCGUCCACACAGGCAUUCCAUGUACGUGACCCGGGACAAAGUGAGAGCCAAAGGCUUGGACGGAAACUUGAGCGUAGGGCAAGGAAUGGCGGCCAGGGCCAACAGCCUGCAGCUCUUAUCACCUCAGCCUGGAGAACAGCUCCCUCCGGAGAUGACUGUGGCUCGAUCUUCCGUUAAAGAAUCCUCCAGAGAAGGCACCUCUUCAUUCCACGCAAGGCAGAAGUCUGAGGGUGGAGCAUAUCAUGACCCCCACUCUGAUGAUGGCACCGCCCCCAAAGAAAAUAGACACCUGUACAAUGAUCCUGUUCCGAGGAGAGUUGGCAGUUUCUACCGAGUGCCAUCUCCUCGUCCAGACAAUUCUUUCCAUGAAAAUAAUGUAUCAACCAGAGUGUCUUCCCUACCAUCAGAGAGUAGUUCUGGAACUAACCACUCAAAAAGACAACCAGCAUUCGAUCCAUGGAAAAGUCCUGAAAACAUUAGUCAUUCUGAACAACUCAAGGAAAAGGAAAAACAAGGUUUUUUCAGGUCAAUGAAAAAGAAAAAGAAGAAAUCUCAAACAGUACCCAAUCCUGAUGGCCCUGACCUUCUGACGCUACAGAAAGCCAUUCACUCUGCUAGCACCCCGGGCAGCAGACCAAAGGAGUGGCGUCCUGACAAGAUCUCUGAUUUACAGACCCAAAGCCAGCCGUUAAAAUCACUGCGUAAGCUGUUACAUCUCUCUUCAGCCUCAAAUCACCCGGCUUCCUCAGACCCCCGCUUCCAGCCCUUAACAACUCAACAAGCCAAAAAUUCCUUCUCAGAAAUUCGGAUCCACCCCCUGAGCCAGGCCUCUGGCGGGAGCAGUAACAUCCGGCAGGAGCCCACACCCAAGGGCCGGCCAGCCCUCCAGCUGCCAGGUCAGAUGGACCCUGGUUGGCACGUGUCCUCUGUGAGCCGGAGUGCCACAGAGGGGCCCUCCUACUCUGAACAGCUGGGUGCCAAGAGUGGGCCAAACGGGCACCCUUAUAACAGAACAAAUCGGUCUCGAAUGCCAAAUCUGAAUGAUUUAAAAGAGACAGCCUUGUAGUGUGCGCUGGGGUAGGGGAUGGGGGGUAGGUAAGCCAGUGGAGAGGGGACGGGAGGGUGUGGGUGGGUGGGGAAUGGGCUGGGCUGGGCUGGGGUGGUCAGCCAGUAUUUUCAGCUUUAUGAAGGUGAGUGCAAUAUUGUAUGUGUGGAGCCCUCUGGCUCCUCACGGCCACAAAUGCUAGUCAGGGAUCUCAGAGGCACAGGAGUUCCUUAGGGACCACCAGUCCCCUCGGAUCUCGUGUGAGAAUGGAUAGAAUGUGCCACUGAGGAAGAAGACAUUCUUGCCAGUUUCUCCCCUGUACAUUCCAGCUUUAGUGCAAUCCCUGUUGAACUUGGGAAAGCCAGGGCAUGUUCUGGUACUGCAAGGGAUAGAAGAAUUCAUGUUGACCGAUGCCCUUACCACAGAUUUUUUUUGCCUAAACUAAACGUGGGGUUUAUUGUAAUCCAAGCAUAUCCCUUUGAAGGGUUAGCAGAUGAACUAACUGUAUGUCUUAAAUUGUUUUCUAAACUCCCAUAUUUGAUAGGAUUUGUAACAUUUAUUUAUAAUUAAUAUUGUACUGUUCUAAUCAUACCUUUUAUGUUAAAUGUAAAGUUAUUUUGAGCUGUUUGGAACAUUGUGAAGCAGUGGGACAGCUACAGUAGUUUCUAUAAAAACUAAACAGUAACAUUUAUAUAUUGCAUCAGGAGUAUUUUAUUCUAUAUAUAAAUAUAUAUAUAUGGUAAAUAUCUGUCUGUUUUCUAAAUAUAAUCAUUUAAAGAAAGUAUCGUUAUGACACUAUCUGCCAUAUUUUUAUACAUUUGUGAUAUGAAGUGAGUAUUAUACUUCUAAUCAAGGGAGUUGAAUUGUGGCUCUGUGUGACCAACAGUGGGAACCGUGCUCAACUUUUAGGCCCCAGCAGUAGCCUCUAGACGUGGUCCUUGGUAGCAGAUGAGAUGCAGCAUCUCCUUCCGAACCCACAGGCAAGAAAGCCAGCUAGGCCAGUGAGAGCUCAGCACGCCUCGUCUCCGUCCUCACGGUUGGCUCCUGUUCGCAUCCAGGGACGAUCCCUGUACCUGAGGGGAGAACAGAUCCAGGGUGACUCAUGGGUCUUCGUAGAGAGAAUAUGCUCUUCUCCUUCGCGUUAGUGUAGAGUGUAGACCAAAGAUUUGCCAGCGAACAUUCCUAGUUGCAAGUUCGUAAGAGGCACCUGUCUGCAGGUCUUGCAGACCAGCUCUAUGCUCCUGAAUCCUGUGCACUGUACCGGAGACUUUUGGCUGGUGGGGUGUGAGAUACAUGUGCGGCAUUUCUAUUUCUAAGUGUUUUGUUGUUGUUGUUGUUGUUGUUGUUGUUGUUGUUGCUGUUGCUCUUUCCAGUAUAUUUCAAAGGCUCCAGAAGCAAUUCCAGAUGUAGAGAAAAUUGCUGUAUUCACUCUUUCUUCCUGGGACUGUCCAUUUAUAACAAGGUUAGCAUGUACAUCAGUAUAUACACACACACGGUCAGAACAGGACUUCUUUUCCUCAUUUGAUCUCCUUCAACUCCCAAGUUACUCCCAAGCGUCAUCAAGGCCUUUCGCCAGCAAGGGUUAUAGCCCAGUGUCUCUGGGCCAUCCUUGACAGAAAUCACCUCAACGCCGUCCAUCAAAAGAAUUAGAUUUUUGGAAGUAGUCUCUUAGCAAUAAUAUUUCUAAAGCUCCCCCAUCCCACACCCCUCAAAGGGGUAACUUCUCAAUAUUUAUUACUUGUCCCAGGAUUCUGAGAGCAUAAGCCCCUGAAUCAAGUCAGGAUAAUUGAAAUGUGCUGAGUUACUGUUCCCCCUCCCCCGAGAUUUUGAGAAUCAGCUCUGAUAAUUAUGAAGAUUAUAAUGAAAAGGUCUUGGUUUCUUUGAAGCUUAAAUUGUGUGCAUAUUACAUUUUUAUAUAACUACUAUAAUGAUGUGUAUUGAUUAUAUAUAGAGGUCAUUUUAAGGUGCUUUUUAUUUGGUUUUAAUAAGUAUAAUAGGCACUAAAAUGAAACUCAACUGGGUACUAUCAUUAAAACAAGUUGAUUCCAACCAAUAGUCUGCAUGCUCUUCAGUUCUUUUUAUAUCUUGUUUCUUUCACCAGUUCUGUACUGUUCAAGUAGCUCUGAAUUCUGGCUUUUCCCAGGCAGCUGCUCAGUUAUAUAAGUGACGCGAACCUUAGCAGUUUUCGCCUGGACACUAAUGACUCUGAAAGGGUGUGUAACUCUUCUUUUUCAUACUAAAUUUGUACCUUGUAUCCCCCCUUGCAGACCAGAAACUACAUUUUUUCCUCCGGAAAGACUUCUCACUGUGCUGUGCGCUUAGGAACUGCGCAGUCACAUUGCCAUGCUGUGGCAUUUGAGGCUCAUUGUCACCUAGGGGCUGGUUUCCCAUGUUUUCAUCCUUGCUAACACUGGGAUCUCAGAUGUUUGCAGAACAUUUAUAUUCAUGAUGGUUCUUCAAAGAAGGGCUAGAAUAAUUGCCUUCUACCUAGAGCAAAGUAAACCUAACUGAUGAAGAGUCAAUACAUACUUUUCGUACAUUCCCAGAUUUGAGCCAGAAAAUAUCUACAGUGUUUUCAACUAGUAUUUUUGAGGUAGCUCUUUUAUCCUCUUCUCAGCUUUUGUCCAUUCUGACUUUUCAUCGACCUCAGUAAGCUGUAAUAAGUGAACUACAAUCCACACUUCUGGCAUGUAUAAUUCUCUUCCUGCUCGCUGUGGGGGAUGGUCAAGUUUUCUCUCAAAUCUAAUGGGCCCUCUCUUAGCUUUUAACUGUUGUUUUCCUCCGGUUGAUGAAUCAUUGACCUCACAAAAAUUGCCAUCCACAAUGAGAAGGACUUGAUUUAAAGUCACGAAAGUCUACAUUUUCUUUAGGAAGGGAAAGUUACGAUGUCCACGUUCUAUUCUCUGCCCUUACUUCCUAAAGGAUAGACUAUGGCUGAAUGAAGGCUUAUGAAUCACUUUGUGUUAGAGAAGUGUUGCUGAUCACCUUUUGAAAAGAAACUCUGCUUCGCUCUUUUUCUACUUUUGCUCUGUCGCCAUCCUCGUUUUUCUUCUCUGAAGUCCUGGAUGAACUUUACUGAACCUUGCUUGGUCUCAGUCUGAGGGUUAGCCUCUUCAGAGCCCAAGAUCAAAAGUGCUCCGUGCUAAGGAGCUCCAGUGAGUCGUCUCUGUAGCAGUGGUUCUCAGUCAGGGCCAGUUCUGCCUCCCUGGGACGUUUGGCAAUGUCAGGAGACAUGGUUGGUUGUUAUAACUGGGAGCGGUAGGGUGCCCCUGGCAUCUAGUGGGUGGAGGCCAGGGAUGCUGCUGAACAUCCUGUGUACACAGGACCCCCCCACAAACAAAGCAUGAUGAGCCCCGAAUGUCAAUAGUGGGGAGGUUGAGAAACCCUGCUCUACUGUACUCCAGGCCCACUCGUCUGCAGAGCUUGGCUCUGUCCUGGCUCUCUCCAGGCUACGGGAGAAACUGCGGGUAUGAAUUCUUCAGUAUCCUAGUCUCUGAAAGAAUCUUCUACCACUCUUUUUGAAUCCCUGGAAUCCUGUUUGUUUUCAUUGUCUUGGGCCUGCUAAACGGUGCAUUCUUUGGGAGGAGACCAGAGUGGCUUUAUAGGUGUUUGAGAACUUAAAUUCUAGGUCACCAUCUUUAGAAAAUCUUUCACAGAGCCAUGAGGCUUAUAUUUAGAAGCAAGCAGCAGCCUGGCAGAUUGGCAUGAUUUUUACCAACUGCUCAAAGGCAUCCAUGGCUUUUAGCUGUGUCUCCCAAAAGAAAAUGUCAUUGUUUUUUAUUCAAGUCAUUUAAUAGCUCUUUACAAAUAUUGGCGUAUGACAGACCGAUUAGAAGCAAAAAACUCUUUACUGGUGGUUGUGAUGUGGCUGUUACAGGAGUGUUUGUGCUGUACGCUUUGGUUAAAUCUGUUUUAAAACCUGCUUUAAGAUUUGCCAUAUGCAGUUGUGCUUUAAUUCUAAGCUCAGAGCUGUGCUGGUUAGUUUCUAGUCGUGUCAUGUAUUAUAAAGUAUGUUGUGGUUGUAGAGUUAGCCAGUUUAGCAUGUUCCUAAUCUGAAAAUUAGUGGACUUCGCUAGGAAAUGCUAUCCCAUUUUCCCUUCCCAGCACCCCUUAUCUUAGUUAACGUCAUAGUAUCCUCACUUCUUAAACUAGUUUUUAGAGUAAAUAAGGAAAAAAAGCCAUUUAUUUUUCUUCUAGCUAUGUAUUGAGAAUGACUCAAUAAGUGUACAACUUUUUUUAACGGCCAGAGGGUUACUUUUCAAGUGUGUAGAAGGCUCUGUCCAUUUCUGUUCACCAAGGUCCUGGUGGUGACCCAACUUUCAGCAAGGGCAAUCAAUCGCUCAUUGCGACUUAUUCCCAGAGUUCAGCUGGGACUCAGAAAUCUGCAUAUUCUCUCCUGGUCACAACAUUUUUUCUGGAGAGCACUGCUUUUAUAUCUAGAAGUUCGUUAACUCCUACAUUAUAGUGGGAUAUUGAGCUUCAUGUGAGCACUGAGAUCCACAGACUCAUACUGUUGUGAGCUGGGGAUGUGGUAUGUGAUACACUGAACCGAGUCAGAGCAUAUUGAAAUAUUUCCUUGCCUCCUUCAGUUCAUCACUAUUAAAGUGUGUAGGCAGAGAAAACUGAUUUACACUUAAAAAAAUAAGAAAAUAAAUAAAUAAAUAGAUAAAUGGUUUCUUUAAAAGGGCCUGCAGAAAAGUGUCCUGUUGCUAAUCUCCAGGGCCAGAAUCUCACAAGAACGUUCUCUCAGAGACUUAAAGAACCAUCUUACAAAACAAAAACUUGUAAGUGGUUCUGAUUUCUUCAUUUUGUAUCUUAACCAGCUGAGAUAUAUAGAAUAUAUCUAUAUGGGGUGUGACCCAUCAGCUGGGUAAAAAAUUCCGUCUUCGAAACCAUAAGUAAAUGCAAGAAAAUGAGGCCGUGACAGGGCGAGUCCCUUGUCUGUCUGUCUGUAUACACACAAUGUGGUAGAAGUAAGGUGGCGAGGAAACUCUGGGCCUGCCGCCCUAUCCUAUUCUAUCCUAUCCUAUCCUAUCCUAUCCUAUUCUAUUCUAUUCUAUUCUAUUCUUUUUUAACUGAAUGUACUAUAAAAGAUCAUAGACUUGUGCCAAGUCAGUUACUACGUAAAUAUUCAUUUCUCUUAGUGCUUUGUUGAUUCAUCAGCGUUAGGCCUGGUCCUGACUCCACCUUUCUCUACUCCAGGCACUGGCCCACCUUUCUGUGUAUUUCCUAUAGGAUAUUAAAGAUGAUCAUGACCUACAUUGUAUCUUCAUUCAAUAACUGUUCACUCCCAGAUUUGAGGGAGUUUGUCUUUUGUUUUGCCAGAAAAAAUUUGUAGUAGUCUGCACGUUGGAUUUCCAGGGCCAGAGAACUGCGGCAGUGAAACUGGUUUCACUUCUAAGGCCCUCCAUUACCCAUAAGGUUACGCUCUCUGAACCCCAUUUGAUCCUCGGGUUGUAUUUUGACCCUCCUUUGGAAUCUUUAAAAAAAAAAAAAAAAAAAAAAAUCAGUUUCCAUGUUGUAUGCAGAUUAGAAGUUGCCUUGUUUGCUACUCUUCCAGCACAGAGUAUCAGGGAGAAAGAGGCCUUAUCUGUUCCUCCAGCCCUUCCGUUUUGACAGACUGCUAAGAAUUCCUCAGGACUUCCUUUGGUUUGGGAUGUUACUUUCCCAAAAGCCUGAUCUGAUUCGUUUCAGGCAUAGACAAGUUUGUCCUAGUGCCCUGCUUCAGGGCUAAUCAGACGAAACCCAGGAAUAGAAAAGGUAGAUGCCUUGACUUUUGUCCCUGUUGGGGGAUUAAAGUGUUUAUCGCCAGAGUCAUCAAAAGCUCUAGUUAUAAAGCAUUCAGAGUUUCAAGAAAAAAAAAAAAAAAUGAAGCUUUUUCUCUUGGAGAACUUUUAAGUUCUCCACCGUGGCUUAGAUUUUCCAAAAUGGAAAGCAAAGCUCGUACGAACUCCAUUUUCACUAGAGGUACACAAGUGAGUAUAGUCCUCUCAGUCUCUUUCCCUCUCCUUGUUUCCUUCUUGGUCACUGAUUGAGUCAGGCUGGAGGGGUAAGCUAUGAUCGCGAGAAGUGGAUUCUCACUGUAAACUUGGAUUGAUUAACAGAAACAAUAAAACCAAACAAAAUAGUUGCCCCUAAUUCCUAUCUCCAAGAAUUGCUUUGUGCCAUUUCGAAUUCAGGUAGUUAUUCUGUAUAUACUUAGAAGACUGUUCUGAGCUUCUUCAAUCUCUAGGAAGUUCAAAGGGGGUAUCUGGGAAGACACAGGGCAGGGUGACUUCGAGAACCCUACUCAUGCAUGAAAUAAAAAAUAGGGAUAAGCCAGAAUGAUGUAACAUCCAAAUUUGUGGUAGAUGAAGAAUCAGUGGAAAUUCUUAAUUGCACAGACUUUAUAAUCCAUAAUACAGAGUGUAAUUCCAUACUUUUUACUGUGGCAAGGGUGUGACGUGGUGUUAACCUUUUUAAUUUUUGAAUCCAAACUGAAUUUAAAGUGUUGAAUAUUUAAAUUCCUCACAAGCUAAUUAUGAACCAUUUGUAAAGUGUUUAUAUAACUCUUUGUAUCAUGUGUUGGUACAUCUUAUCAAGUUUUUUCUGGCAUGUAUUCCAUUCUAAACUUCUGUAAAAUUUCUAUUGUUGCUGUAAAUAUUAUACAAAUAUCUAUUCCGUGGUAACCUUAAUUAUCAGCAUGAAAUGGUCAAUUUUUACUGAGCACAAUGUAUUUUUGAAUGGAUCUUCCCAAAUGUCUUUAAUAAAAUGCAGAUUUUGCACUGA